UUGAAAGCGACUUUUGUUUCGUAUAAUUGAGUGGGAAGGCUUUCAUUUUGAAGCAGGAUGUCAGUUUCAUUUACCCGUUACUUGAAAACUAACGUAAUCUGAAGAUUAUACUGUAUUAAAACAGGAAACUUUCAAGGGCACAUGAAAUUCCCAUAAUAAAAAUGAAUGAUAUUUAAAAGCUGCACAAAAAUUGUAGAGUUCUAUGAUAUUUUUUCCAUCUAACGGUAUUUGGAAAAACUCAUCUUCAUCAAGAUCUUGAGGAUCUAGACAAAUCUGUCUUAAUUAUAUGCUGUUUAUGCAUAAAUCUGUUUUUAAAAAACCACUUAAGAAGGCGAUAAAUUUUCUACACAUGUUCAAAUUAUGUUGAAAAUGGCUACCUGUCUGGAAAGUUUGGAAUUCAGUGACGUCGAAAUCGAUGAUGUGCGCCUGAACAGGAAUAAAGCCCAUUACGGAGAAGUUCCCGGAAUAAAAACCCGAAGUUUAAAUGAACUGAAAAGUAUGCUUGCAAGUCUUCUAGACAAUACUGGUUUCCGACCUUGUCUUGAUGACAAUUUUUUGCUUCAAUUUCUCAUAUCAUCGAAGUAUCGUCUCGACAUUGCUCUAAAGUGGCUUAAGACAUAUUACAUUAAUCGGAACCUUCAUCCGGAAAUUUUCCGAAACUACCUUCCAAGUAACACUUUACCAGCUCAAGCACUUGACCACAUAAAAGCCCUUCCGUAUAGAGCUAAAAAUUUAUCAGCUGUGGUUAUUAUUAAACUAGGGAAAGUUGACUUCCAAAAAGUACCAUUUGUGGAAUUAAUACGACUGGAACUUAUGGUGUUUGAAACCCUGAUGCAAAAUUCUGUUACACAACUCUGCGGUAUAACUGUCAUUGUUGAUUGCGAUGGUUUUUCUCAAGCUAAUAUGUCAGAAAUUAUAACAUGCCUGCCAAUUUGCUACAAUGUAUUUCACUGCGAUUGCACUUUGGGUGUAAGAUACUUGCAUGUCAUUAAGACACCGGCACUUCUGCAACUUCUGUACCGAAAUGUAAUCUCUGCUUUGCCUCUUGAGCAGCAGACUCAGGUAGUGUUUUAUCCACUCGACUCGGAUUUAAAAGAGCUUCGCGACCAAGUGUCUCUAGAUUAUUUGCUGGAAGAAUAUGGAGGAAAAUUGCCAUCCUUUAGCUUAGUAGAUCUCAAUCCAAUAAUAAAUGAAAAAGAGAGCUACUUCCGAGAACAGCUGCAGUAUGGGAUAUCAGAUGAUGAAUUAGAGUUGGACUAGCUCUUCUUCUGUACUUGUAUCCCCAUCAUGCUCAGAAAAUAGCGGAAAGUUGUCCUCCAGUUUAAUAAACUCAAUUUAGUAAAUGCAGAAGAAAGAAACUUCCGAGAGGAGCGCCAGUGUGGGAUCCUGAAUGAUGAACUUGCGUUGAACUGAUUUCCAUACUUUUAAGAAUAGUUUAUGAUCAUCAUGGGUUCCUUUAAGUAAAGGAAAGAACCAAAAAAACUCGUGUACCUCGCAAUAAAUAUCUUAGCGAAUCAA